AUGGGUCUCGCGCUUUCCUCGCUAGACCGCGCGGCUCAGCUCCUUCCUCCUCAGGUCGCGUGUCUUGGGUACGGAUUCCCGUCGCAGCCAGAGACCCCCACGAGAUCGGGUGGCCGAAGUUCCUUCGUGAGGACRGCAGGUGACCCCGGAGCCCAAACGGAGAGUGUGCGGCCAGGGAUCGCCAGGGGCACAGGAAUGGCGGGACCUGGCGUGCGGAAUUCAGUGAUCUUUGAGGAUGUGGCUGUGAACUUCACCCAGGAGGAGUGGGCUUUGCUGGAUCCUUCCCAGAAGAAUCUCUACAGAGAUGUGAUGCAGGAAGUUCUUAGAAACCUGGCUUCU